UCUGCAACGAUGUCGAAGCAGGUAGUUUUGAUUUUGUUUGUACUUAUAUCUCAUGCAUUAUGUGACAAUAUAUCGGUAAUUUACAAUUACAACCAAAAAGUGUACGUUGAUUCUAUAGAAAAUUUAAAACAAGUUUUGUUGGAAAGUGUACAACAUCUUUUCGAUGUACAAAUUCUCAAACAGAGUGUCCCAAAAUUACCGGCGAAAUUCUUGGAAGGUGUGACCGUCAACCAGCUUCGUUUAAAUGAAAACCAAUUGAAAGAAAUAGAAAUAGGGGCCUUCGAUGGGGCCACGUUUACUUCACUAAAUUUGAACGAUAAUAAUUUGGACAUUAUCCUUAAAGAUAUAUUUAAUAAUAAUCAGAUAUGGGAAUUAGCUUUGGCCAACAAUUCUAUCUCGAAAAUUGAAGAUGGAGCUUUUGAAAAUUCGGAUUUUGGUGUUUUAAAUCUCAACAAUAAUCAGUUAGAUGAGCUUCGAGCGGGUAUGUUUCAAGAUUCGAAAAUUGUAAAUAUAGUGCUGAACGACAACAAAAUUGAAAAUAUAGAAAACGGUACUUUGCAACAAAUAUUCGGUUUACGAAAUUUUCAUUUGAAUAAUAAUUUUCUUAAAGACAUCGGGAGUUGUUUUAAUGAUUUGGAAACAUUAUGGGAACUGAAUUUAGUGAACAAUACUAUAGAGAAUUUAUCUCCGAAGAGUUUUACUGGUUCCAGUAUAUCAAAUUUAAAUUUAGGUGAUAACUUAUUAACGAAAAUAAGUAAAGACGUUUUCAUUGGAUUACCGUUAUCGUUUCUAAAUAUUUCUAAUAAUCGUAUCAAAGCUAUUGAAAAUGAUGCUUUCGCUGACUUUCCAACUCUAAAUACUCUAAUUUUAUCUCAUAAUAAAAUCGGAGAUUUGAAACCAGGUUUUCUUAUCGGGAUAAACUCAAAGUAUUUACACCUAGAUUUGAUAGAUAAUCAUAUCAACAACAUCGAACCUGGUUCUUUCGAUGAAAUUACUUUAUCCAGUAUCGAUUUGGCUAAUAACAAUAUUCAAGUUUUGAAAAAAGGUGUAUUAGUUAACAAAGAACUAACUUCAGUGUCGUUUUUAAAAAAUCAAAUUUCUAAAAUUGAAGAAGGCGCGUUAGAAGGAUUACAUGUCCAAACUUUGACGUUAACAGAAAAUUAUUUGACGAAAUUAACUAAAGAAAUGUUUCAAGGAUCUAAUAUAACAACUUUGAAACUGGAUAAAAAUAAAAUAGAAGAAAUCGAAGACGGUACGUUUAAAGAAGUAGCCGAAUUGAAAUACCUCGAUCUUAGUUAUAAUAAUAUAGAGGAUAUCGGUAAAAUCUUCAACGAUCUACCCCAAUUAAUUCAACUCACAUUAAAUAAUAAUAAAAUUAAAACUUUACCUGCUAAUGUUUUCUCCGGAUCAAAAAUAAAUAAUAUUUUUUUGGAUAAUAAUCGAAUAACCGAAGUUGUUAAAGGUGUUUUUGACGAUUUGCAUUUCAACAACGUAGAUCUAUCCAAUAACGAAAUUUCCAAAAUCGAAAAUGGAGCUUUCGAAUCCGAUCUUUUACGAGAAUUAAAAUUGGGAACUAACAAAAUUGGAGAUCUGAAAGUGUCUUCUCUAGGAGCAAUAAAUAAUAAGGAAUUAGAUUUGAGUUUAGAUGAUAACGAUAUUGGUGACAUCGAAGCCGGUACUUUUAAGAACGUUAAAGUGAAAUCGUUGAAUCUUAAGAAUAACACGUUGAAAUAUAUUAAGCGAGAUAUGUUCGAGGACGCCGAAAUAGGAUUUCUAAUUUUGUUUAAAAAUCAAAUCGUCAAAGUUGAAAGUGGUGCUUUCGAGGAUAUUAAAGACUUAUUGUUCGUUGAUUUGAGUUACAAUAAAAUGGCGACUGAAGUAAAAAAGGGUAUGGUUGACAUACAAUUUUAUAUAACACCCGGCGCAAAAUUGUAUAAAUACGAUAGCGAAAUUUUGCGUGAACUUAUCCGCUCUACAUAUGUUGGUGGAGAAGGUUUCCAAGAUGCUUUAUUCCAUUAAUUUUUGUAAUAUAUUUGUGAAAUAAAUUUAGUUUUCAGAGUA